UUGGCGCUAUAGACGCGAACUCCGCGAGCGUUGAGUAAGAAGUUGUGGCGGUCGCAAAGGUUUGGUGAGACGAGCCUACGUUUAGUUUACAGCCAUGGCUCGUGGUCCCAAGAAGCAUCUGAAGCGAGUAGCAGCUCCAAAGCAUUGGAUGCUGGAUAAAUUGACCAGUGUGUUUGCUCCUCGUCCAUCCACUGGUCCCCACAAGCUGAGAGAAUGUCUUCCUCUCAUCAUUUUCCUAAGGAACAAGCUUAAGUAUGCCCUGACAGGAGAUGAAGUAAAGAAGAUUUGUAUGCAGCGGUUCAUUAAAAUUGAUGGCAAAGUCCGAGCUGAUAUAACCUACCCUGCUGGUUUUAUGGAUGUCAUCAGCAUUGACAAGACUGGAGAGAAUUUCCGUCUGAUCUAUGAUACCAAGGGUCGCUUUGCUGUUCAUCGUAUUACACCUGAGGAGGCCAAGUACAAGUUAUGCAAAGUGAGGAAGAUCUUUGUGGGCACAAAAGGAAUCCCACAUCUGGUGACCCAUGAUGCUCGUACCAUUCGCUACCCUGAUCCCCUCAUCAAGAUGAAUGACACCAUUCAGAUUGAUUUGGAGACUGGCAAGAUUACCGAUUUCAUUAAGUUUGACACUGGUAAUCUGUGCAUGGUGACUGGAGGUGCAAACCUGGGAAGAAUUGGUGUGAUCACCAACAGAGAGAGGCAUCCUGGCUCUUUUGAUGUGGUCCAUGUAAAGGAUGCCAAUGGCAACAGCUUUGCCACACGGCUCUCCAACAUUUUUGUUAUCGGCAAAGGCAACAAACCAUGGAUAUCUCUUCCUCGAGGAAAGGGGAUCCGCCUUACCAUUGCUGAAGAGAGAGACAAGAGACUGGCUGCCAAGCAGAGCAGUGGGUGAAAUGAUCUCUAGGUGACAUGUUGGAAAAGUCUUUGUACUUAACUAAAACAACCAACAUGAUUAAUUUAAAGAAAAAAAAGAAUAUAUUGUUCAGUCCAAGGUUGUAAAAAUUCAUUCCUAUAUUUUCUAAUCUAAUCUCAAAGAUUUACCCCUUUGUUGCUGUUUUAGUUCUUUUGUUUAGGUCAUUGAUCCAUUUUAAGCUGACUGUUUCUAUAAUAUGAUUUUGGGAGUCUAGCUUCCUUCUGCUGCAUGUGGAUAUCCAGUUGUUCUGGCAUCAUUUGUUGAAGAGACUUUCUCUCAUUAAAUGUUCUUUGCACUCUUAUUGAAAAUGUUGCCAU